AUGUACAAAUACCAGUGGCCCGAAACUCCCGUUCGCACAGCGGGCAGGGCGCGUUUUCCCGCAUCGGCAGCAUUUUUGGAAACACCAUCCAUCAUGACUGCGUUUUGCGGGCCGAAAGAAAUAGAAAGAGCCGUCACGACAAGAGUCGAAAACAACUUCCCGAGGGCCUUCACAUCCUUUUUGCCAACUAACUUGAACAGUAGUAAGAUUUUCGAUGGCAACACCUCGCUACCACUAACCACACUGGAGGCUCCCACCGCCAGAGAAGUUUACAAUCCAGCGGCCAGUAAGCCUGACUCAAAAGGAACCCUUCGGAUCGUUUCUGGAACGAUUGAACACAUCCUAAAAAUAAUACGCGAGCAACCGAAGACUCCGUUGCUAUUGGAAACUGUAGCUAGCGUUCUGGCAAUCCGAGCUGGCAGUAGGGCAACGGAAAAGGUACUUCUGCUCCGGAAUCGCAACGUGGGACCGGUUUUACAGGCGGUUUUUUACGAGAUCGAUGUCGGACUGACCCCACUGGCGAUGGGGGACCGAGUGCGCUGUGUUGGCCGACUUCAGAGCAACGGAAGCCGGUUUCAGAUACUGAAAAUUACGCACACCACGGAUCAGUACGAGCGGGCAAUCGUUCGUCUGCAAACCGUCAGCACCUUUACGUCGAAAGUAAUGCGUUGA